AUGUCAAGUUUGAAAGACUUUUACAAUAAUCCAGAAGUUGAAGACGAGGAAGAUUCUGAGGAUGAUGAGGACUUUGUCCCAGAUGAGAAUGAGAGUGAUGAUCAGGAUGUAAUCGAGGACGAUGACGAUGAUGAUGAACAAGAGCAAGUGAAACCUACUGGCAUGUCCAAAGGCAAAAAGAGAGCACUUGAAGAGCAAAAUGAGGAAGAAGAGAGCACAAAAAAGUCAAGAAUUGACGCAAUUUGGGCUGACAUGAACACAGCAAAGACACCAUCAUCUAAAAACAAAGCAGCAGCAGAUCCAGAACCACCCACAACCACAACAGCAGCAUCAGCAGCAACAGCAGCAUCAUCUGAACCACCAGCCGCACCUGAAAAGAAACAAAUCAAAAAGCCCAAAUCACCAUUGCAGCAAAAGAGACCCAAAUCUCAACUCUCAUCGCUUGUUUCUAAAUACAACAUCAAAGAGCCCAAAAUGAACACAUUGGAGAAGAGCAAAUUGGACUGGCAAGGCUAUGUGGAUAGGGAAGGCAUUCGGGAUGAUCUCAAGUACAAGAACAAAGACGGCUAUAUGGAGAAAGUUGCGUUUCUUCAGCGAGUGGACGAUAGACGCUUGAAUCAAUUGAAACAGGGCCAGAAGAAAGAGAAAAAGUAA